CAUCGACUUUUCAGCAAUAAAAACGAGUUUUUUUUCGUCUUUUUUUUUUCUUUUUGGAUUUUGAUUGAAAUGAUUAGAGAAAUCCCAUUAAAAACUCUGUAGUUCUGUUACUUGAUCUCGUUUUUUAAAGAGAAUAUUCAAAAUGGCUGAAGAAAUUAAAGAGGUUUUCGAUACUAUUUUAGUAUUGGAUUUUGGUUCUCAGUAUAGUCAUCUUAUUACUAGACGUCUUAGAGAGUUCAAUGUUUAUGCUGAAAUGUUACCAUGCACUCAAAAGAUUAAAGAGUUAACCUGGAAACCCAAAGGUAUUAUUUUGUCUGGUAGUCCAUAUUCUGUCUUUGCUGAUGAUGCUCCUCAUGUUGAUUUGGCUGUUUUUGAUUUGAAUGUUCCAAUUCUAGGUAUUUGUUAUGGUAUGCAAGAAAUCGCUCAUAUUAACAAUACUAAAGUAAUUAGAGGAGACAAAAGAGAAUAUGGCCCAGCUUUGCUUCAAGUUGAAGAUAAAUCUUGUCCAUUAUUCAAAGAUGUUGACCACUCAAAAGUUUGGAUGUCUCAUCAUGACAAAUUAUCUGCUUUACCACAAGGUUUUAAAGUCGUUGCUACCUCUGAUAAUUCUCCAUUUGCUGCCAUGGCCCAUGAAACAAAACCAAUAUACGGUUUACAAUUUCAUCCUGAAGUUACCCACUCAGUUAAAGGUAAAGAAUUAUUAAGAAAUUUUGCUCUUGACAUUUGUCAAGCUAAUCCAAACUGGAGUAUGGAAAAUUUCAUUGACACUGAGAUUUCAAGAAUUAAAAAACUUGUUGGUCCAACUGCUGAAGUUAUCGGUGCUGUUUCUGGUGGUGUUGAUUCAACUGUUGCUGCCAAAUUAAUGGCUAGAGCUAUUGGAGAUAGAUUUCACGCUAUUUUAGUUGAUAAUGGUGUUUUAAGAUUAAAUGAGGCUAAAAUGGUCAAAAAAAACCUUACAGAAGGUUUAGGUAUUAAUUUAACCGUUGUUGAUGCCUCUGAAGAAUUUUUAUCAAAACUAAAGGGCGUCACUGAACCAGAGAAAAAAAGAAAAGUAAUUGGCAACACAUUUAUUCAUGUUUUUGAAAGGGUUGCUAAUGAAAUAAAACCCAAGGAUGGAGAUGAAAUUGAAUUUUUAUUACAAGGUACAUUAUACCCAGAUGUUAUUGAAUCAAUCUCAUUUAAAGGACCAUCUCAAACCAUCAAAACACACCAUAAUGUUGGUGGGUUAUUAGAAAAUAUGAAACUAAAAUUGAUUGAGCCUUUAAGAGAGUUAUUUAAAGAUGAAGUUCGUGCUUUGGGUGAAUUAUUAGGCAUUCCUCAUGAUUUAGUUUGGAGACAUCCAUUUCCAGGACCAGGUUUAGCCAUUAGAAUACUUGGAGAGGUUACACCAUCUCAAGUUGAAAUUGCAAGAAAAGCCGACCAUAUUUACAUUGAAGAAAUCAAAAAAGCAGGAUUAUAUAGUCAAAUUUCCCAAGCAUUUGCAGCAUUAUUACCUGUUAAAUCAGUUGGUGUUAUGGGAGAUGAAAGAGUUUAUGCUCAAGUUAUCGCAUUAAGAGCUAUUGAAACCACUGAUUUCAUGACAGCUGAUUGGUUUAUUUUUGAUGCCAGAUUUUUGAAGAGAGUUGCCUCAAGAAUUGUGAAUGAAGUUGAUGGAAUUUCAAGAGUUGUUUAUGAUAUUACUUCUAAACCACCAGCUACUGUUGAAUGGGAAUAGAUAAAUAUAUUAAUGAGAGUAUUAGAAUUAGUUACCUUUGACAUUUAAAUUCAUAGAGUUAUCAUCUAUAAUAUAA